AGGUUUAUUGAAAUCCCACCAAGAUGUCCUGCCAGCAGUGCCAGCCCCCUCCCAAGUGUCCUAUCCCCAAGUGUCCCCUCAAAUGCCCCCAAAAGUGUGCAUCCCUAUGCCCACCUCCAAUCCCUUCUUGCUGUGGCUCCAGCUCUGGGGGCUGCUGCAGCUCUGGGGGAGGUGGCUGCUGCCUGAGCCACCACAGACGCCACAGGCCCCACUGCCACAGACCCCAGAGCUCCGAUUGCUGUGGCAGUGGCAGCAGCCAGCAGUCUGGGGGUUCUGGCUGCUGCUCCAGAGAGGGCUGCUGCUGACCUGGACCAGGAGCAGCACUGAAGGAAUUAGUGGGCGAAGGACCCAUUGCAGCCUGGUGUUUUACCUCCUC